AUGCUUGUAGACUUCGAGGUGCGCUGCGGCAUUUCGGUCCCUAGGAACGUGCCAUCAAGAGCGGAGGAAACCCGCGGAGACGACGACAAGAAGGAAAACGAUGACGACCGCCUGAACAGCCGGCGUCAGCAUUCGCGCGGAACAUCACGAGGACACCAGCCCGCAAAAAUGAGCUUCUUUAACUCCCUGCAGGAAUACGUGACGAACAGUGUGAAGAGAUUCUCGUUUAGCCGCGAGGACUCGGCCACCAGCGGCACCGGAAGGAGCAGCUCCACCGGAAGCGUCACCUCGACCACCAACACUGGCGCCGCUGUGUCCCAGCAAACCACGCCGCAUGGUUUUCCCAAGGUCGUACCGCCGCCAGGAACCGUCACGUCCUCGCACACGCGCUCGCUCUCAGCACGUAGACGCACCCUCGAGUGCACUUCCGCCCCGGGACUGACGGUGCAUCCUGCGACAGGAAGCGGCGCCACGUCGCCGAGAAGAGUCGGCUCCUUUCGCCGUAGCGGCGGAUCCGACGAUCGACCGCCUCUUCCGUCGUUCUGCCGUCGCAGACCGUCUUGGCAGGAGUUUGACGUGCAGGCCACUUCCGGUGUACAGGAGACAGAUGGAUCUUUCUUCGAGAGCUUCACCGCGCUAUCCUGGAAACAGGAAAAUCGGAGGCGCGCUGUCCUGCAGGAAGUGGAAGCGAGAGCGAUGGAACCGCAACCGCCGUCCAGAGAUUCUACUUUGACUUCGCAACCGUAUCGGCUUAGCAAAAAGGAGAUGGAGCAGUUGUACAUAGAAGUCCUUUACACGAUUGCGAACACGGUGGGCGCCAGCACGGGGCAGUACGCGCACUACAAGGAGGACCUGUAUCGGUACGCCCAAGAAGCCUUCGGCGUCCCACAGGAUCAGCACCGGCGAUAUCUCAAUAUCGUCUCGGAGGAGAAGCCACCCAUCGUUGUACUGAGCGUGGUGGUAAUCGAAGCCGAUGGGCUCGAGGCGAAGGACGCUAACGGAUUCAGUGAUCCUUACUGCAUGCUGGGAAUACAGCCCGGCAACGCAGGUGCGCCACUGAGCCCACAAACGAACUUGACAGCUCACUCGCCGCACACACCCCCGGCAUCCCCGCGCCAAACGACCCGCGCCUUGUCCGACGGCGGCGAGAACGAGAACUCGCAUCACGAGAAGCUCCGCAAGCAUCACAGUUUCAGGCUCUCGUUUAAGCGCAAGGAGCACAGCAGCAGGCGGGAACACCGCGAAUCCUUGAGCAGUGCUUUACCCGCGAAGUUUAUACGAGCCACCACGGUGAAGCCGCAUACACUGAGCCCGCGAUGGAACGAGAAGUUCCGUUUCGACAUCGACGACGUCAGCACGGAUAUUCUCCAUUUGGACAUAUGGGACCACGACGACGAAUCCUCGGUGUUCGACGCGGUGAUUAAACUCAAUGAAGUGCGGGGUGUGAAAGGGCUCGGACGAUUCUUUAAGCAGAUCGCGCAGAGCGCUAGAUCCGGAAGUCAGGACGACUUCUUGGGUUGCGUGAACAUUCCCUUACAAGAAAUCCCGAGCACCGGACUCGACCAAUGGUACAAACUUGAGGCGCGAACACAAAGGAGUAAUAUCCAAGGCAGAAUCAGACUGAAAUUAUGGCUGUCGACGCGAGAGGACCGGGGAACGUCCGAGGAGGAUAAUUGGGGCGAGCUGAGGCAACAGGAAAGGCUGUAUACGGUUUUCCUUAAUCACGAGAUGAACAAACAAGGGGUAGACUUCACUGGGGAACUGCCGCAAACCGCGCUGACAAUCCUGCAUCAGCACGCGGUGCAAGGUGAUGUAACCGAGUUGCAGCAAGCUUUAAUAAGGUGGGUGGCGAGUUCUCGACAGCCCGCCGUGGACCCGCGAACGCUUUAUCGGCUACUCCAGGAGCUUAACAGCCGAUGGCACACGGAGACCCUGUCGCGCGACGCGGAACAGUGCCUGGCGGAUUCCUUCAACGAUUUCUUAGAUAUGUCCCUGAAGAAGGUCAGGCAGCACCGAGUGCUGUAUCCACCCCAGCAUGAACCGACGUUAGUGAAGUUGGAGUACUUACUCAGAUGUCUGGGACUUCUCUCGAAUAUGAAGGCUUUCCGCACUUGCUGUCCCUUCAACAAGGAAAUUCGGGGAGAAAUUAUUACCGCCCUCAGGAAGGGAACUCUCGAAUGGUACGAGGAUACCAGGCAACAGACGAUGUGCCACGAUCAGGAACCCGAUCAGGACGCCGACCGGGUCCUGCAAGACUUUACGAACUUAGUAACCACAUUAUUGGUCGAUCUCGAGCAGGGACUUGAAUGUUAUAAUAGUCUCUUUGAAAGCACGAACGGUGUGCCAUAUUUCUCGGCAGUAUACAAGCAACUGGAGAAGCUGCUGGCGGAACACGUGGCGAAACACAUGGAGAACACUUCCGAGAUGCACAACGAGCUCGGUGCGAGGGUCACCACUGCCUGCCUGCAGCUGCAUGGUCAGGACAGGGACGAAGAAUACGUUCUGCCGCCGGGUGCCGAGAUAGGAACACCAAUAUUCGAGCUUUACUUGGCGCUUCAAGACUUCGUGAACAUGAAGGAGAAUCUACCGCAAUCGGAUCAUAAAACUUUGGCGAUCUGCAAGUAUUACGAGUGGUUCAGACCAGCUGUCGACAAAUGGUUGGAUCUGGCGAAACUCAAGGCGGUCCAGAGGGUGCGAAGGGCGGCGGAGCUCGAUCGGGUCUGCAUCGGGGACUCUGCGUUGUUCAACUACAUCGUCAAGCACAGCACGUCGGCGAACGACGUCACCGUGUGCUUUUAUCAGAUCAAGGAAUUCUGGAAGAAGCUGGCAUGGCCGGAUCUGUUGGGAUCUAAUAACUUCGUGCUAAAAGUCAUUGAUGCGAUAUGCAGUUCCGCAUCGUACUACGCGGAGAUAACUCAUCAGAAGUUGGCAGAUAGCGGGUACUACGAAGACCACGCGCAGUAUAAGACCACGGACGAGAUGUGCGUGGCCAUCAAUGGUCUCGAGUAUGUGAGGAGGUGGCUGUUGGAUCUGGGGGACGAGCUGCGCGUAGAGCAGAUCCUAGUGGCUCUGGAGAAUCAGGCGGGCGAGUCCGUGCGGAUGCAGUGGCGAAACGCUCUGCUGACGCCGCUGGAGCAAACGCCCGGACAGAUGCUGCACUACAUCAAUCAGAUAAUCUCGAGAAUCGGGGCAAAGAUGAGGCCGCCUCUGAAGAAGGCGAUGUUCCACUUGGCUUGGUCCCCCGAUAGCUUACCGACCACGGAGGCGAUCACGCCUCUUAUUGAAUACCUGGACGUUCACCUGGUGGCACUUAACAGAGAUUUGAUGCCUGCGAGCUUCAAUCGCGUUUUGCACGAGAUUUGGGAAGUGGUCCUCAGCGAAUUGAGCAACCAAAUGGACGGCAACGCCGAGGACAAACCGAAGAUGUUCUACGAGAGACUGCACGAGGCGCUCGACUUGUUGGUGAAGUUCUUCCACGCUGACGAAAGAGGUUUGCCCAUGGAAAUGCUGCGUCGACAGAGUUUCAUGAACGCUGAGGAACGUCUUCAGUACCAUAAGAUGGACACGACCUUCCUGAUUGAUCGAUAUUACCAGCAACGUCUUCUGGAUCAAUUCAACACGGUCACCUACGAAUACGGAGUCUUGACGGUGCGAGCUUACUUAAAUCACGAUUCCCUCUGUCUCGAGGUGAUAAACGCCAGGGACGUCAUACCGUUGGAUCCGAACGGAUUCAGCGAUCCCUUCGUGAUAAUUGAAUUGUUACCGCGACGAAUGUUCGAGCAUUGCGCCGAGCAGCAAACCAACGUCAAGAAGAGGACUCUGAAUCCUAUGUUUGAUGAGUGUUUCGAAUUCUCGGUGAGCGUGGAGCAAUGUCGCGAUCCCAACGCGAUGGUUCUCUUUACGGUGAUGGAUCACGACGUUCUCACGGCGAACGACUUCGCCGGCGAGGCUUUCCUGGGACUCAGUACUAUACCCGGCGUCGCCGACACGAACGCUAGCAUAGACAAUUUUCAUGGCCUCAAGCAUCAGGAAUUACCGCUUAUGCACCAGAAGAAUCGGAACCAACCGAUCCUUCAGAUUCUGGAAACCCGAAUCGGUGACAAAAUGGCCCUCGACUUUGUGAAGAAGCAGAAACAACGAUUCGCGACGACGUAAACACAUCCGGCGCCGACGAAAGACAAGAAGAUGGAAGAGGAAUAAGAAAGUCGCGGCGGUGCGUCGUGUACGCUAUGAAGACUUGCACACUAAUCUUAAGAGUCAAUGGAAACUGAAGAGGAGGAGGAGAAAGAGGAGGAACUCCAUCCCUGCGAUAUAUCGUCUACUUUCAGUCCCACCCUCCCCUUCCCUCCCCCUCCCUCACUCUCACUUUCUCUCUCUCUUUCUCUCUAUCUCUCUCUGUCACACACUCUAUCUCCUUCUGCCUAUCCUUUAACCAACCUUCAUUCCAAAGAUCCGUCAAGAUCUAUCUCAGUGUAAAUCGUGUUGAAUAUAAUUGGUGUUGGUUAAAAAAAAUAAGAACGUAAAAGAUGAAAGAAAUAGUAAGAACACGACGCGGAGCGAAAAAGAGGAUCAAGAAAGAUAUAUCAGAACUAUUUUUGUGUCGAAGAAGCUAGUGAAGUUGGAGCGAUGCAGCGCAUGCAGAAAAACAGUAAAGUCUGUCUACGGUACGACGUAGCUAAGGAUAAGUGUCUAAGAGUCGUCUCGCCGUACACACGAAGCGACGCCGGAGCAACCACGUCAAGUUACCGUUUACUUUGCAUUUUAUACAAAGAGGUCGCGGAUAGUUGUCCGAGGACUUUGUGUGAGAAAGCGCGAGAAUCCCAGGACAGAGGAGGAACCAAUCGCCGGGAAACCGAGAAAGCACAAGGCUCCCCUUCGUCUGUUGAACAUUAAUCGCGAGUUUUCACGAGAUGCGAAUGUAGCAAAUGCACGCGCGAUGACUCUAUUCGUCACGAGCCGAAUUAUUUUCAUCACAAGCAGCUGCCGUGAGAAAGCGAGUCAUUGCGAGGGAAAUCCCGCUUCCACUGCGCGGAAUUGGUUCACGGCGGAAAGCGCACGGGAGAAGAGCGAGUCUGUUCGCUGUUGAGUCGGCUCGAGUUAAAUUGGCCGUCGUUCUUCGCGAGAAUCGCACAUUCUCACGACUUAACCGAAAUCCUCCUUCUCCUCGGACAAACUCAACGCACAACGAACAUGUAAACGUCGUUAAUGAGCGAGUUAAUGAACUCGGAUGUCAAUCGAGUCGUUGAAUGGAAAAUUAAGGAUGCCAACGGUACAAAAUCAGAAGUGUAUAUCGAGCUGGAAUGCCGUUCUCUCGUCAGGGUGUCGCUCGUUCUCUAAAUUUCCUCGAGUGGAAACUUAUCUCUCAAAACGAGUGAAAAGUGGUAGUAUUUUCAGACGAAGAGAUAAUGAAGAUACCGCCACUCAAAAUCGCAGAGAUGAAUAUUUCAUUUAAGCUUAGAGCGAAUGCAGGGGGUCGAUUAUGUAUCUCGAAACGGAGUAAAAAUUAUAAAAGUGAGCAAAUUCACUAGGCAUUGACCAAUAAAAGUUACAAAUAUUCAAGUAAAUAUGCUCACAUUUGUUAUUUUCACUCUGUUUUCAGAUACACAAUCGACCACCUGAUCUUAUACAAGUGAAUGUUUCGAUAGAUUGGAAUAAAUUUGUUCUUGUAACGGUGAGAUACAUCAAAUUCAUUUUCGAAUUUCGAGUGAAAAUAUUCACUUAACGAUUCAGAAUGGAAAAUUCACUCUGAGCGAAAAGUCACUCAAAUUCGAGUGACUCGACCGUAACUCUACUUUCGAAUGAAGUUUUACAUUUUGACAAAUUUCGCCGAAACUUCUUCAUUGUUUAAUUACAUUCCACUGUAAAAAAAAAGUUUGAGUGGAUUCUGACUCCAUGUGAGUGAGUGCUUCAAUCGAUCAGAGUAAAUAUAUUCCUAUAAUAAUGGAGCACAUCAGAUUUGUUAUUCCAUUUCGAGUGAAAAUAUUUACUCAACAAUUCACAGUGGAGAGUUCGUUCUAUUCGAGUGAAAAGUCACUGGAAUUCGAGUGAAUCGAUGGUCUACUCCUCGAAACGAGGUUUCACUCGAAGAAACUUCCAAGAGCACGAUAAACUCGCGAGAUUACCUUUCACCGAGUAUUUUUUCACAUACAUAUACCCACAAAUAUUUUCACAUACACAUGCAUAUACCCGUAAAUAAAACCGCAUUUAUUCCUCGACAGUCCAAGUAAGAAGACGCUUUUCCUCCCCGACGAGCGAGCCGCCGUGCCGCUCCGGCGUCGCUUCGACGGCGCGGAUCAAGCCGAGAGGGUGGAUAUAUGAUAUUUUUCUUACUCGUCAUUGGCUAUAAAGUCUCUUCCUGUCUUUCCAUAUCAUGUUCGACACUACGCUGCUACUCGGGGAAGCUACAGAAUUACCGACACGUGCGCGACAUUUCUCGCUCGGAUGUGGACACACGCGGAUUCGUGAUCGAUCAGCGUCGAGACGCUCCCUCUCGCGUCACGGAUCUCUCGAAUGCUCUUCACUCAGUGAUCCUUUUGAAAACAUCAAGAAGGAUAUGAGAUUCGAGAAUACGUCCAAAUCGAUCUAGUCCCGUCUUUGCGAUCACAAAAUCGCAAGCAGGUGUCUCACUUCUCGCGCCCUCUCUCUCUCUCUCUCUCUCUCUCUCUCUCUCUCUCUCUCUCUC